CGGUGCUCCAGCUUUUUCUAGAAAAUCGAGAAGCAUCUACGUUUUUGUAGAUGCAAUGAGAUAAGUCCAGAGGGUCAUCUGUGAGUAUAUAAGCAGAGACUGUCGCCGAAUACUCAGAUCAACUUUCAAAGCUAACUGAACGGUAUAGCAAGCGACAGGAUAAGGCAUUGGACUAGCAUAGACUACAAAGUGACUUAUUGUGAUUAUUACAGGAACACAUCAGCACUCUACAUAAGACAUGGCAUUUUCAUUUGGCUACACACCGUCAUACAGACGAAGACACAGGUACCCUUAUGCUCUAUUUGACACUUCUCCGCUGGACAACAUUAUCGCGCCUCCCACAUCCAGGUGGUUCUGGGAUUCCGAUGAAGAGGAGCAGGCUUAUCCUUACAACCAGCUCUGCCAAUUGAUGCACCUUGUUGAUGGGAAUGACCCUACAUGUAAACCACAGGUGCGUAAGAAUCCUGAGUGGCAUCAGGUAGUCGAUACACACCAAUAUGAUGAAGAGGAUGUCAAAGUGUCUGUCGAUGGGCACUCUGUCAUUGUUACUGCCAAACAUGAGACGACAAAUGGAGAGGACUUUGACAUGAUUCAAAUGAAUCGCUGUUUCAAGGUCGGCCAAGAUGUGGAUCUUUCAAAAUUGAAGACAAAAUUCUGGAAAGGUCACCUUGUGAUGAAAGCCCCAAAGAAAGAUACUAAGGAGGAGCGUGAACUUGCAGUGGAGUGUACAGAUGACGCCAAAUCUAAAGCUGCAGUUGAAAAAUCAAACCAAGAAAAAUCACUCUCUUGCGUUGACCCUAAGGACUUCAAACUAAGUCUGAAUCUGAGUGCGUUCAGCCCUGAAGAUAUCAAAAUUAAAACAAGUGGAAACACAGUUACAGUAAAAGCCCAAAAGGAAAACACGUCUGAUGACCAUUAUUCCAAGAUGUCUUUCUACAGAAGCUUCGUUCUCCCAGAUAAUGUUGAUGCCCACAGCCUGAAGUCAAAGUUUGAUGCCGAUGGUCAGCUUUGCAUAACAAUGAGUGAUCAAGAGGAAGCCAAGAAAGAAAAUGAUGCUUCAAACAAAGUUGGUGCUGAGAAAUAACUUGCUGUAUGUUAAUGAUAAUAUACAGUACAGUGAUGUACAAUAACAAACAGUGAGGAAAUAUCACGAGAUGAAAAUGAACAAUAACAGGCCAACACCAACAUAUCAUCAAAAGUGAUGAACAGUUACAGACAAUGAUGAACAUUAAACCACAAUGAUGAACUACUGUAUAACAGAUAAUGUUAAAUAAUUUUCUUUGUUUUUGCUUAUAAAUGUUCUCAGUGUUGUUUCUGAAAAUGUACAUAAUCCUAAAGUUGCCAAGAGAGCAAAUACUGUAAUUAUUAGUUAGGCAUUCUUUGCACAAAUAGUUGUUAAACAUUUUUU